GAUCGUACUCGCAUUACUGUUCUUUUAGCAUGUAAUGCCACUGGUACCAAGAAAUUAAAGCCUAUUGUAAUAGGAUCUUCAAUCGAACUGCGAGCGUUGUCUGAUAUUAACCAUGCUAAUUUACUUGUAACAUACUGUUCUAACUCAAAAGCAUGGAUGCGAAGUGACAUAUUCGCAGAGUGCCAUUUUAAUCCAAACUUAAAUUCAUCUGAUGAAGAGCCUGGUCAUAAUGACUCUGAAGAAUUGCAUUCUACUAG